AAGACGGCAUACGAAAUAGGAAUCAUUUGUGCCUAUAAAUAGAAAAUUGUCCCCAUAUACACAUAAAAAAACUAUAUUAAAAAUGGAGACCAUUUUGGGCAUUAAAGGAGUUGACUUCGUCAUCCUGGCUUCAGAUACCAUGAAGGCGAAAUCUGUGAUGUGGUUGGAUGAAGACAAAUCGAAGAUACACCGCCUGACAAACUAUUCCAUGAUGUCGGCCGUGGGCGAUGGAGGAGAUUGCCUGCAGUUUUCCGAAUACAUUCUCCGGAACCUGGACCUUUACAAGGUUACCAAUGGUUAUGACUUGACGGUUCGCGGAGCGGUGCACUUCAUCCGGACCAAUUUGUCCGCCUAUCUCCGGAGCAAUGUAAAGUACAUGGUGGCCCUGCUGGUCGGCGGAUUUGAUCCUACCAGCGGUCCAGAGUUGACCUACAUCGACAGCUUUGGUAGCUCGGUUCCCGUGCGCUAUGGUGGCCACGGAUCGGGCAUCAAUUUCUGCACUCCCAUCUUCGAAGAGUUCUACAACCCGCAAUUGGAUAAACGAACCGCUUACAAUAUAAUCGAAAAAUGUGUGCUCGAGAUCCAAAAGCGAUUCGUUAUCAAUUUGCGCAACUUCGAUGUGUUCAUGAUAAACCGAGAGGGCAUUACCAAGCUGGAUUCCAUAAACCAGCAGACCUUGAAGGCACAUGUGAUGGCAAAUCUUCCGCCAAGGGUAUAAUGGAUAUCGUAGUAUUCAGAAACCUGAUUUAUAUAUAUAUUUUUUAAUUGUAAUUAAAAUGUUAAAUAUUUAUAAA